GCCGAAAUCCGAAAUAACUUCUUGUUUAUUUCAUUUGAGCAUUUCAAGUUAUUAUAAUUUUUUUGUGAUUCUUAUUUAAUUUGUGGCAUUUUUGUAUUAAUCCACUCAGAAUUCUUCCCUGUGACUAAAAUGGAGGAGCACGAUUUAGUACAAGAAAACACGAUCCUCCUGGGCAAAGUGGCCGGCUACCCCAAGUGGCCGUGCCUCGUCGUCGAUGAAGCCGACAUCCAAGUGCCCGACAACGAGAAACCCGCCAGCACCGACGGGCACUACCCCGUGCAGUUUUUCAACGACGGCCAAUUCGCCUGGCUGAAGGCCGCCGAUUUGCACCCCUACACCGAGGAGGACGUCAGGGCGCUCGUCAAGGCGCAUUCUAGAAACAAGAAACUGCUCAACGCCGUGAGGAACGCCGAUUUCGAGAUCCACCGGAAAUCCAUCGAUCCCUGCUACACCAUGAAAAUCGAAAAACGGAAGAUCCAACGCAACAACGAGGCGAAGGAGGGCCAAGGCAAGCCCGGCGAAGACGAGGAUCAGGAAAUUGAUAAGGAAAAUGGAUUUGUAUUGGGCGAUGGAUCGCUGGGGUAUCCAUUGGAUUUUUCCGAUGAUACUGGAGCCGUUGGGGUGAUUAUUGGAGAUGAACAUAUAGGCACGGCAAUCUUGGAAAAUUUGCUGAAAGCGGGUUUCAAAAUCAACCUUUACGAUUCCUAUAACCCGCUAAACUGGUUGGCGAAAAAUAAAUUCAAAAUGUACAACACGAUCCAGUCGUUUCUAUCCGUACGCUCCGUUCUGAUGAGUUCCUUCAAAGUUUUCAUUUACUUGGAACGAGAGGAUCACGUUAAAGACGUCAUUGUCCGGGAACUGAAGUACAACGAUCCGACAAGCAAUUUAUUGCUGAAAAAAACAAUCAUAAACGCUUCAAACGUGACACCAGAGACUUCUUCAGAGCUGAACAUACUGGUGGAGAGUACAGGAGGAAAGUACUUGGAAGUGGCUAUUCACGGUCGUCUCCAGCAAGCCCUGGAAGGGAAUCUGAUGCUUCUGUCGUCCGGCGAAGAGGACGUUUUUAUGGACUGUUUGCCGUUGAUGAGAGCGAUAUCGUCGAGGGCCUUUUACGUUGGAAAAAUCGGUAACGCUGCAAAAAUUAACCUGGUUCUUCAAAUGAUGAAAGCCGUCCAUAUUUCGAUGCUUUCAACCAGUUACUCGCUGUUGAACCAACUCGACAUCCCCAAGGAGGUUUUCUCCAAUAUUGUAGACAAAACCGAAUUGGCUAGUGAGUAUAUCACUGUAAAAUCGGACACUAUGAUAGGGAUGUUCACCGUAUUCGACGAGCAAGUUAAAUUGCUGCAGGAACAAUUGAAAUUGGGAAUCAAAAUGGCCGACAGCGUGGGGCAUCCCCUGUCGUUGGUAGAGCACGUCAACAAAUUAUUCAAGUUUUGCUUGGACUUGAAGUGGGGCAAUUUCGAUGCUUCCGUCGUUGCCCAGCUGCACCCGUUCCACUUUUGA